GUCCCUCAGUCUGCAUCAGCCCGCAUUCCUCCUCCGGGUGCUAGGGCGUAGCCGGGCUUCGAGUCCACGGGCGCGGUCCGGACGCCGAGGAUGGCCCUGGGCGAGGAGCCGGCCGCGGGCGCGCCGGAGGACGGGGCGGAGGACGAGGCGCUGGCCCGCGGCGGCGCCCUCGAGGCGUUCGGCGAGGGCGCGGAGGUCCGCGCGCUGCUCGGCAGCCUGCGGAAGGUGCUCGGCGACCGCGCGGCCCGGGAGGGCGCCCUGGAGCGGUUCCGAGUAAUAAUGGACAAAUACCAGGAGCAGCCUCAUCUGUUGGACCCACACCUUGAAUGGAUGAUGAACUUGUUGUUGGAUAUAGUGCAAGAUAAGACAUCUCCAACUGACCUCAUACAUCUGGCUUUUAAAUUUCUUUACAUCAUCACCAAGGUUCGAGGAUAUAAAACAUUUCUUCGUUUAUUUCCUCAUGAAGUAUCUGAUGUCCAGCCUGUUUUAGAUAUGUUUACAAAUCAGAAUCCCAGAGACCAUGAAACUUGGGAGACCCGCUACAUGCUUUUACUGUGGCUCUCUGUGACCUGCCUGAUCCCUUUUGAUUUUUCACGCCUUGACGGGAACCUCCUCACUCAACCUGGGCAAAUGCGAAUGUCUGUAAUGGACCGUAUUCUCCAAAUAGCAGAGGCCUACUUGGUUGUCAGUGACAAGGCCCGAGAUGCCGCUGCUGUCCUUGUGUCCAAAGAUGUACCUGCUCCUGCUUUUCGUCCUGAUGCUGUCCGUUGGUGCCACCGCUCUGUCUGUGGGUUUGUCACACGGCCUGAUGUCAAGCAGAAGAAGAUGGCAGGUUUCCUGGACUGGAGCCUGCACACCUUGGCCCGCUCCUCCUUCCAGACCAUUGAGGGGGUCAUUGCCAUGGAUGGCAUGCUACAGUCCCUGGCACAAAUAUUUAAGCAUGGAAAACGUGAGGACUGUUUACCCUAUGCUUCCACCGUUCUCGAGUGCCUAGAGGGCUGCAGGCUCCCCGACAGCAACCAGACCCUGCUCCGCAAACUUGGGGUGAAGCUCGUGCAGCGGCUGGGACUGACGUUCCUGAAGCCCAGGGUAGCGAAGUGGAGGUAUCAGCGUGGCUGCCGCUCGUUGGCUGCUAACCUGCAGCGCUGCGCCCAGAGUCAGAAAGAGUUGAUGGUGCACGUGGAGACUCCCGACAGCGACGGAGACUAUGACAUCCCCGAGGAGGUGGAGAGCGUGAUAGAGCGGCUGCUGGUCGGGCUGAAGGACCAGGACACGAUUGUGCGGUGGUCUGCGGCCAAAGGAAUUGGUAGGAUGGCUGCAAGGCUUCCCAAAGAGCUGGCGGAUGACGUGGUUGGGUCUGUGUUGGAUUGUUUCAGUUUUCAGGAGACGGACAAUGCCUGGCAUGGUGGCUGUCUGGCGUUGGCGGAACUGGGCAGAAGAGGCCUGUUGCUCCCUUCCAGACUCAAGGAUGUUGUCCCUGUGAUCCUGAAGGCGCUGACCUAUGAGGAGAAGCGGGGUUCCUGCAGCGUGGGCACCAACGUCAGAGACGCCGCCUGCUACGUGUGCUGGGCCUUCGCGCGUGCCUACGAGCCCCAGGAGCUGCAGCCCUUCGUGGCCGCCAUUUCCAGCGCUCUGGUGAUUGCCACAGUGUUUGACCGAAACAUAAACUGCAGGAGAGCAGCCUCUGCUGCUUUCCAGGAGAAUGUGGGAAGACAGGGCACUUUCCCUCACGGAAUCGAUAUUUUGACUGCAGCGGACUACUUUGCUGUUGGCAACAGAGCUAACUGUUUCCUGGUUAUAAGCACGUUUAUUGCCGGCUUUCCUGAGUACACACAGCCAAUGAUAGACCACCUGGUGACCAUGAAGAUCAACCACUGGGAUGGAGUCAUCAGGGAGCUGUCUGCGAAGGCUCUGCAUAACCUGGCCCAGCAAGCUCCUGAGUACAGCGCCGCUCACGUUCUCCCACAUCUGCUGUCGAUGACGCAGAGUCUGGACCUGCACACGCGGCACGGAGCUGUGCUUGCCUGUGCGGAGGUCGCCCGCGGCCUGUACAGACUCUCGGUACAAGAGGACAGGCCCGUCGCAGACUACCUGGAUGAAGCGGCAGUGCAGGGCCUGAAGCAGAUUCACCAGCAGCUUUAUGAUCGUCAGUUAUACAGGGGUCUCGGAGGAGAACUCAUGAGACAAGCAGUGUGCAUUUUAAUAGAAAACUUGUCCCUUUCCAAGAUGCCUUUUAGAGGUGACGUCGUAAUCGAUGGUUGGCAGUGGGUGAUAAAUGACACACUGAGAAAUCUCCAUCUUAUUUCAAGUCAUUCUAGACAACAGAUCAAGGAAGCGGCUGUCUUGGCCCUGGCUGCUCUCUGCAGCGAGUACUACGCCCUGGAGACCGGGGAAGCGGAUCCCGCCAGGCAGGAGGAGCUGAUACGGCAGUAUCUCGCUGACCUGCAGAGCCCGGAGGAGACGGCUCGCUGUGGCUUCUCGCUGGCCUUGGGCGCCCUCCCGCGCUUCCUCCUGAAAGGCAGGCUGCAGCAGGUGCUGGCAGGCCUGGGAGCCGUGACUGUCAUUCGUCCUGAGAACGUGAGCUUUGCCGAGUCCAGGCGGGACGCUCUGAAGGCGAUCUCAAGGGUUUGCCAGACGGUUGGCGUGAGGGCAGGAGGGUCCCCAGACGAGGUUGUGUGUGAAGAGAACGUCUCCCAGACUUACCGCACCCUGCUGGGCUGUCUGCACGACUACACCACCGACAGCCGUGGGGACGUGGGCGCAUGGGUCCGUGAGGCCGCCAUGACCAGUCUGAUGGACCUGACGCUCCUGCUGGGGAGGGAGCAGCCAGAGCUGAUCGAGGCCAGUGUCUGUCAGCAAGUCAUGUGUCAUGUGGCCCAGCAGGCGAGUGAGAAGAUUGACCGGAUCCGCGCGCACGCCGCCCGCGUCUUCAUGGCUCUGCUGCACUCUCACGGCUCUCCCGUCCCACACGUGCCCCACCGAGGAGAGCUGGAAAAGCUCUUCCCCAGAUCCGACAUGGCCUCCGUGAACUGGAAUGCGCCGUCCCAGGCCUUCCCUCGCAUCACCCAGCUCCUGGGGCUGCCCACCUACCGCUACCACGUCCUGCUGGGGCUGGCCGUGUCCGUGGGUGGCUUGACCGAGUCGACGGUCAGGUACUCAACGCAGAGCCUCUUUGAGUACAUGAAGGGGAUUCAGAAUGACCCACAGGCUCUGGAGGGCUUCGGGGGGACCCUCCUGCAGGUCUUUGAGGACAACCUUCUGAAUGACAGGGUGUCUGUGCCGCUGCUGAAGACGCUGGACCAGAUGCUCGCCAAUGGGUGCUUCGACCUCUUCACCGCGGAGCAGGACCACCCCUUCAGUGUGAAGCUGCUCGCGCUUUGUAAGGAGGAAAUCAAGAAGUCCAAGGACGUGCAGAAACUGCGGUCUAGCGUCGCGGUGUUCUGUGGGAUGGUGCAGUUCCCGGGCGACGUGAGGAGGAAGGUGCUCCUGCAGCUGAGCCUUCUGCUCUGCCACCAGUUCCCCGUGAUCCGGAAGACCACGGCUAGCCAGGUGUACGAGAUGCUGCUCACCUACGGUGACAUCAUGAGUGAGGACGUCCUUGAUGAGGUCAUGACUGUGCUGGGCACCACGGCCUGGGACGCGGAGCUCCCGCUCGUGAGAGGCCAGCGGAACCGCCUGUGUGACCUCCUUGGCGUGCCCAGACCUCAGCUGGUCCCCAAGCCUGGCACCCGCUGGGGCCCCCCCCCCCCCCGCCCACCCAGCAGAGAGGAGGAGCCCGACGAUGGUCAGCACGAGACAUCUGGACGCGGCGCUGAGGGACUUGGAGAUCGUCCCCACAGCAGUGGCUUUUCCUCACACGUGUCCUGGGGUGUUGGUGCUUUUGUCUUCAUGUCUCUGGGAACCCCCGUCUAUAAAAUCAUGUCCUAAGCAGUUCUGUGUCUCUGUCUCUGACACUGAUUCGGAGGGGUGCAGGGGGUGGCCCCGGGCGACCAG